AUGGCAGUCGACUACUCAGUAUACCUGGUGACGGACUCUACACCGGCAAUACUCGGAGACAAAGAUCUGCUGACAGUAGUUCAAGCCGCCGUCGAUGGCGGUGUGACAAUCGUCCAAUACCGUGACAAGACAUCUGACACGGCCGACCUCGUGCGGAUAGCCAAAGAACUGCACAAGAUCACAAAGGCGGCUGGCGUGCCACUGCUUAUCAAUGACCGCGUGGACGUGGCCCUUGCUGCUGGUGUCGAAGGUGUCCAUGUCGGCCAAGAUGACAUAGAUCUGCAGACAGCCCGUAAGCUGCUUGGUCCGGAUGCAAUAAUUGGUGUGACAGCGAACAGAGAAGAGGAGGCUCUGAUUGCGGCAACAGCUGGAGCAGACUACUUAGGCAUCGGAACAGUCUAUGCCACUCCCACGAAGGAAAACACAAAGUCGAUCAUCGGGACUGCUGGCGUUCAACAAGUCCUCACCUCGCUAGCCGCCAAGAAGCUGGAUGUCAAGACUGUCUGCAUUGGUGGUAUCAACGCCUCAAACCUUCAGCGAGUCCUCUAUCAAAGCGCCUCGCCGCAGAAGAAGCUCGACGGAGUGGCUGUUGUCAGUGCCAUCAUCGCAUCAGACAACGCAAAAGAAGCCGCGAGCAAGAUUCGAGAAUUGGUCCACCAGCCUCCGCCAUUCGCUAUCUCUUCCACCAAACCCAAGCUCUCGCAACAAGACAUCAUCUCAAAAGUACCCGGCAUCAUCAGACGCAUGGCCGAGAAGAAGCCUCUUUGCCACAACAUGACCAACCUGGUCGUCCAGAACUUUGCAGCCAACGUUGCCCUUGCCAUCGGAUCAUCGCCUAUCAUGUCAAACAAUGGCCUCGAAGCCGGCGAUCUUGCAGCUCUGGGCGGAAGUUUGGUCAUCAACAUGGGCACCACGACGCCUGAGAUUCGAGCGAACCAUCUGAAGUCUCUUGCAGCAUACAAUGCCAUUGGUGGCCCUGUACUUUUCGAUCCUGUUGGGGCUGGAGCUACGCAGCAGCGAAGGGAUGGAGUGAAAGCCUUGAUGGCGGGAGGUUACUUUGAUGUGAUCAAGGGAAAUGAAGGCGAGAUUCGAACGGUAGCCGGCUCAGCGGGCGUGAAGCAGCAUGGCGUGGACUCUGGAGCGUCGCAGCUGUCGCUCGAUGAAAGAGUCACUCUGGUCAAAGCCACUGCUCUGCGGGAACAUAACAUCAUCCUCAUGACGGGCAGCACGGACGUGAUCUCCGAUGGUGAGCGGACUGUCACGAUCAGCAAUGGCCACGAGUAUCUGGGCGAAAUUACAGGGAGUGGAUGUACACUUGGAACGACCAUUGCGAGUGUAUUGGCGGCGGAGAGAGAAGACAAGCUACUGGCUGCAGUAUGCGCGAUUCUAAUGUAUGAGAUCGCCGCGGAACGUGCAGCAGUACGGGAGGAUGUCAAAGGCCCGGGAACAUUUGUUCCAGCGUUUAUAGACGAGCUCUUCAGGAUUCGGCAGGAGAGUGUUCGUGGCUCAACGGACUGGGCUCAAGCUGCAAAGAUUGAAGUCUUGUGA